AAUGUUAAUUAUUAGGACUUAAAAAAAUAUUUUGCCUUUUCAGAAAUAAUUUCCCCAAAUCUGAGAUCGACAAAAUAUAAAUCAUUUUCGAAAGAAAUCAAUUAGGGAAGAGACCACAAACUUCAUUAUAUAUUAAUCAAACCUUAUUAAGAAACCAUUUUUUUUUGUGACAUUAUGUUAAUGGCAUUCUUUGUUGUCCUUAACGUGAACCUACUUUGCUCCUCAAUUCCUGCUGUAAAUAGUUUGGAAUCAACACAACUAGGAGAGGUUAACCAAAAAUUAACUUUUCAAUUGCUAAAGUCUCUGCAAGACAAAAUUGCUGGCCACAAAAAUGAUAUUCCGAUAACGAAUCAAACGAAUGUGAUAUUUUCUCCUUUUAACAUUGGUCGUUCACUGACACUUUUACUGUUGGCGGUUGGAGGCCAAACGUUUACGGAGCUGUUUAACACUCUACAUUAUGGAGACAUACUUCAGGGAUCAUCUGGAAUGACUGCUAAAAAUCAGGAAAUUCUACAUUCCGUUGUUCAAAAAGUUACUCAAACUCUGAAAAGCUACCAAAACGUAACCAUAGAGAUAUCUAACGGACUCUACCCGAGUGAAAAAUUCAAAGUUGAUCCAAUAUUCGUUCAAAAAUUGUCUAAAUAUUAUGAGACGCGUGUGCAAACUCUGAAUUACGAAUCUCAAGCUGAUGCGGCGAUUGUGAAAAUCAAUUCAGAUGUUUCCGAGUUUAGUAAAGGUUUAAUCAAAGACUUAUUACCCCCUGGGUCUCUUAGUUCAGGCACCAAAGUUGUAUUGGUGGAUACUAUCCACUUUAAUGGUGAUUGGAAAAUUUCUUUCGAACCAGAACUCACUUCUGUAAAGGCUUUUACGAGAGAUGACGGAAAACGCGAGGAGGUAAAAAUGAUGUUUGGUACUAAUAAGGCUCAAUAUGGUGAAACGCAACUAAAGAAAAUUGAAGGCAAGCCAAGUUCCACUCCAGAUCAAAAGAUCAAAAUUCUCGGUAUUCAGUAUGCCAACCCCAAUUUGGCCAUGUUCUUUGUACUUCCGGAACAAAAAGGAUUGCCAAAUUUGAUCAAAGUGCUAUCCUUUGAAUCCUUAACCUCUCUAAUAAAAACGGCAAAGAAAACUUUGGUAGACAUUACUUUGCCAAUAUUUAAAACAAGCUUCGAUGUCACUCUUCCUGAAACUCUAAAAAAGCUCGGUCUUAGAAAUAUAUUCGAAGGAACGGCAGAUUUUUCCGGCUUAACAGGAUACAAUAAUUCUUUCGGACUGUGCAUUAGCGAAAUAUUUCACAAGGCGGUUAUUGAAGUUAACGAAAAGGGAACUAAGGCAGCAGCUAGCACUGGGGUGGUCAUAGGAGAUAAAUCUUCUUUACCUUCUACCGAAAGUUUUACGGCAGAUAGACCAUUCCUCUAUUUUGUACAAGAUCUUCUAAGUGGACAUAUCUUGUUUAUCGGAACUUAUAUAAAAGUUCAAUGAUGGAAUGAAAUAGCUCGCAAAAAUAUAAUCUAUUAAUUCAUUUAGCCUGAUUUUAACACCUCGCCUAUUUCCCCAAAAAACGAACGUUUACUUUUUUAAAAUAUAAAUUAGAUAUGCACCUUGUCAAAAAAAAUAAAGUAAAAAUUUCCAUGUUUUCAACUAAUUUAUAAAUUUUAAAAUUAUUUUAUGAUACUUUUUCAAAAUUUCGGCCAAUAAUAUUUAGAUGAUUUUACUAAUAAAUUUUGUGUUUUUUGUAAA